GCAGCACUCUCCGCUCUUCACGCACCCAGCCACAACGAGUCUAUUUUUGAGGCGCACCUCAAAAAUAGACAACCACAACGCACCUCGCCCGUCAGAUAUGUCAGUUAUAUUCCCUGAUCGCCCAUAUCAAAUCGCUUUCUAGUUUCCCUAUUCACCAGAAAUCGCGGCACCAUGUCUCUCGUAAUCGCAAUCUCGCUCUUAUGCGUCGUGGCCGCCGCAUCGCCGGCGGUCACGGCGCAGAUGCCCAACACGCCAGGCGGGCAGAUCGGCGGCGAGGCGGGCAUAGAACGAGCCAUGUCGCUUUUCCGAGCAUGGGAGGAGGCAUAUGGGCUCAAGCCCGACAUCGACCUGCCGCCCGAAAAGGUCACCUUGCCGCUCAGCGUGCCGCCCGCGCCGCACCUGGAGGAUUGCGCGGCGCUGACGGCUGUGCGAAAGGCGUCCGAGCAGCGCGGAGCCAAUGGGGAGUCGCCCAUGUGGGCGCGGCCUGCCAACUGCUGCGGAUGUAACCCGCAACCGCCCUGGUUGCGUGGGUCAGACGCGGACAACCUGCCGCUGACCAGAGUGGUGCAGAGGGAUCUGUGGGAGUACCAGCUGUUCCAUGGCAGCUGCGAGGGCAGGCGCCUGCUCGUCGUGCCCUGGUCCACAGGGAAGCUGCACGGCGUUGGCUCGCAGGUGCAUGUGACGAGCGCGUUCCUGAGCCUGGCAAUGAUCCACAACCGCACUCUCGUGCCGCAGCCUGGCUCCUACGACCGCGCCUUCACCCAAGCAUGCAACGCCACCAACACCUCUGGCUCUUGGGACUGCUUCUUCUUCCCCAUAGUCAACCCCGACUGCGAGCGCAUUGCGGCCGAGAUGGCAGCCAACGGCACCCUGCCCACGUGCUCCACGGACGACAAGGGCCACGACCGCGUUGCCGCCUCUGCCGACCCGGUUGUGUGCCUCAACUCCAAUGUCGACAAGCAGAUGGGCUAUGAGUCCCGGGCCGCCACUCUAUGGGGCAAGGCGUACGCAGCGUCGCCCGAUGUGGUGGAGUUCAUGGGCCAGCUGCCCCGCACUGACGACAAGUACCAGAUGCUGCACUGGUGGCGGUCCCAGUCGGUGCGCUUCAUGCUGCGCUGGCCGUCCGCGCACAUGUGCCACGCCACCAACAAGGAGCGCCACACCGCGUACGGGCUGCACACCGCAUCCCACCUCGCGCGCUACUCCGAAACCCAGGUCGAAAUCGUCCGUGCUGUGGUGGGCGACUCCGCGGUCAACAUCAGCGAGUCAGAUGAAGCAAAGCGGCUCCUUGGGAUAACCUUCGCGCCUCCGGGGAAUAUCGAGACGCAAGUGUGGGGGAUCAAGGGGUACGCGGGGUGCAAUGAGACGUGCAUGGGGGCGGCGGAUGCCAAGGCGUUGAGGGACACAUAUGUGGCGGUGGGGGGGGAGCCGUUUGUGGUGCGGCCGAUCGUGAGCGUGCACGUGCGGCAGAGCGACAAGGGGAUUGAGAUGCGCCUGUCGUCGUUCGCCUCGCACAUGUUCUUCGCUCACCGGCUGCGGCGAUAUGCGCCGGACCUGCGAUACGUGUGGCUCAACACAGAGAUGGAGUCUGUGAUCCAGGAGUCCACCACCUACCCCGACUGGAAGUUCCUCUACUCGUCCAACUCGCGGCAGCCCAUCGACGCCAAGUCCAACCGCGAGUAUGAGUUUUCGCAGUCCGUCGCUGCCAGCUUCGCGAGCGCUAUCAUUGCGUCACAGUGCGACUACUUUGUGGGCGCGCUCGGGUCAAAUUGGAGCCGGCUGAUAAACGAGCUGCGGGCGACGAACGGACGUUUGCUCAACGGGUUUAUCGCGAUUAACAUGGGGGACUGGUAAUCGCGCUCACUGUUACUGAUGUGCCUGUAUUAUCAUUCAUUGCACAGGGGCCUACAGUUGUUUUGGUAUGAAUUCAAGGAACAGUUUUGUUUGUUAUUACCAUACAUACAUCACCAGGUGGAUGAACACGAAGGUGUAUGACCAUCAUGAGUCACACGCCAUGCCUGCAAGUACACGAUACGCUACCCUUCUGUCGCAUGUAUUUAUGCGCAUACCGUACCACAUUGGUCCACUUAUGAAACAUGUAGCAGCUUAGCAUUGCUUCCAUAGUAGUGCACCCAGCAAUUUUCCAAUGCAUGAGUCUGAUGAGUUUCUUUGCAUGGCCACAAGCAUCUACCGGUACUAGUGACUAGCAACAGUGAAGUUGGACUUGCUGGCAGUCAGUGUUGGCACUCAAGUGCAAGUGGGAGGGGGUGAGAGGGGCUUAGCACAAACUGUUAGAAUGAGAACUGAAUGAUUGAGUAGAGAGAGAGUACAGGUGAAUAUACCUAAGUGUUGUACCCUCUAAGAGGUGGCC